GGCGGCGGGACGUUCUCUGGAAGGAGCCACGGGGUUGCGAAGAAGUCCACCCAGAAAGUGCUGGACCCCGAGAAGGACGGGCUGACGCGCCUGAAGCACCUGCGGGCGCUGCUGGGUCGUAUCCAUGAAAUCAUUGCCCAGUCCUGUUUUGUGAAGCUGAGGAAGAUGAAUGCCGCGGAGCUCGGAAUUCAGAGAUGAAACAGGAUCAUUGGUGGAGGCAGGCAGCAGCAUGAACUGGUGACGCACAGGCCUGAUGCUGCGGUGCCGGCCUAAUGUGAUGGCACGGUGAUAGGAAUAGGUACGGUGGGCGAGCAGGGGCCGUGUACUGGAAAUGAUACCCUGCCCUUUUGGGGCACCACCUGUGUGGUGAUGGGAGCAGUGAGACCUAGGACUGGACAUGUCCGCAAGCUCAGCCCUUCUUCAAAGGGAGCCUUUUAUUGCACCCUGCUCCAGUCCUGUUUGAAGGGUUUCUUAAUCCGACGAGGGACAUGGACUUCUUCCACGACAAAGGGUGAUGAUAGUGGUGUGGUGACACCUGUCUCCGAGGAACUUCUCCUCCCUCUAUCGUGAGCCACUGUGACAGGUGAGCCACUGUCUGGAGUCAGUCACCAAGAAGGUUCCAAUGCCUCAGGGACACUGGGGCAACCUCCAAGAGGGACCAGUCUGUCAUUGCCAUGCUGAGCUGAAUUCAGCAUGGAGAUGACCCAACUUGGACCAUGAGGAAAAGGAAAACACUUAGGGAUGGUGGAGCAGUAACAUAGAAGAACAUAGAAGAAGGAUGAUUCAUGAGAGAGAAGACAAAAGCCACUGCUUUGUUAAAGCCUGGCGUGCAGGGUAGUGCUGAAGACGGGGGACUUUCCUAAACAGAGGGGAGAGACUUUCUCUGCAAGGUCACAAACCAGGAGCUGUAGGAUAAGAUUCACAACCAUGCUGUCCUCUAUCCUGUUUUGGGGACUUAUUGCCCUCAUUGGCACUUCUAGGGGCUCAUACCCCUUCACUCACUCAAUGAGCCCUCACCUGCAUCCCCGCUUGUACCAUGGCUGCUAUGGUGAUAUCAUGACCAUGGAGACCUCUGGUGCCACCUGUGAUAUAACCAGGUUGAUGAACUGUGGGAUCCGUGGUUCUGAAAUGUUUGCUGAGAUGGAUUUGAGGGCCUUAAAACCUUACCAGAUUCUGAUCAAAGAAGUUGGGCUGAGGUACUGUGUGGACCCUGCUCUCAUUGCAGCCAUCAUCUCCAGAGAAAGCCAUGGUGGAGCUGUCUUGGAAGAUGGCUGGGACCACAGGGGACUUAAAUUUGGCUUGAUGCAGCUUGAUAAAAAAAUUCAUCACCCUGUUGGUACCUGGGACAGCAAAGAACACCUUUUGCAGGGUGUUGGAAUUCUAGCAGACAAAAUUAAGGCAAUCCAGAAAAAAUUCCCCACGUGGAGUGUGGCUCAACACCUGAAAGGUGGUCUCUCAGCCUUUAAGUCAGGAAUCGAUACCAUUGUCACCCCAACGGACAUAGACAAUGACUUGGUCAAUGAUCUUCUUGCCAGAGCUAAAUUCUAUAGAAGACAUGGCUUCUAAGCAAAGCUCUGUUGACAGGUGUUCGGAUGGCCCCUCUUUGCGUUUUGGAGAGACCCAGGGUGAGAAGAAUGGUGGAAGACAGAGGAUGGGGCAGGCAUCCCAAAGAAAAGGAGAGAAGAAAGAAAGAAACAUUGUAAAGAGCAUGGAAUACUUGGGAAAAUCAAGUGGUUCUAUGUGGCUAAUGUAGGGAAAAAAAACAUGAAAAGCAAUUCACCGUUUUCUGAGGACAAUGGUAAUAUGAAAACACAAAAUAUUAAGGCAAAAAACCAUAAGCAGGAAUAAAGAGAUCCCAAGAUGAUAAAAACCUACUACUACAAAGGCCAGUAGUACAUUUAAAAAGAAAAAAAAAAUCAUUAUUUAGAUAAAUUCCACCAUGUUUUAUUUAAACUCUACCAUACCACCAACCUCCACAAAUUACUUAACAUAAAAGUUUUCAAUAUUACAAAAGCAGGUACCUUUUAAAACAUCACAUGCUUGAAAAAUAGUAACGUUAACCCCCCUCUCCCAACACUUAUUCUUACUUUAUCUGGAAUUCUUGACUUGGUAAAUUUGUGACGAAUCCAAUCCAUGUAAAUAAGAGACUCCAUACCUUUUGUCAUCGUCUAAAACAUGAUAUAAAACAUUUCUUUAAAGAACUCUGUCUAGUGCAGAAAUCCAUACCUACCAAUUUUUAGGUGACAAGUCUGUUUUUACCUAACCUGUAAUUAUCAAACAUUUAUCUCAGCCUCUUAGCUGAAAGAAUAUAUUCAUCUUACCACUAACAUUAGAAAGCAAAAAAUACAUACAGAUUUUCUGUUUUUUUUUCCCCCAAGAUUUCAUUUAAAUUCCAGUUUGUUAACAUAGUGUACUCUUAGUUUCAGGUGUAGAAUUUAGUGAUUCAUCACUUACCUACAACAGCUGGUACUCAUUGCAAGUGCCCUCCUUAAUUCCCAUCACCCAUUUGGCCCAUCCCCUCCCCUCCAGUAACCCUCAGUUUGUUCUCUAGAGUUAAGAGUCUGUUUUCUGGUUUGCCCCGCCCCUCUUUUCUCAUUUCCCCUACGUUCUUCUGUUCUGUAACUUAAAUUCCACAUAGGAGUGAAAUAGAGACUUCUGAUCAGGGGUUGCAAUAUUUUUCUGUAAAGGAUCAAACAGGAAGUUAUUUCCAGCUUUGGGGCUGCAUGGUUUCCACUGCCAAGUCUCAACUCUGCUAAUGGAGACAAAAGCAACCCGGAACAGUAUGUAAAUAAGUGGGUAUGGCUACUUCCAAUAAAGCCUGAUUUACAGAAGUAGGUGGUGGACUGAAUUUGACCUGCAGAUGGUAGUUUGCCAACUCCUGCUCUAUACAAUGUGGAAUAAUAAUCUUCAACAAUACUCUGUAAAAAGAAAUGAGUUUAUGGUUUUCUUUCUAAUCCCUAUAAUGCCAUCACUCCUAGUUCCUAUCUCUUUUUCCCCUUCAGCAAUCUUCAGUCCUGUUGCUCUCAGUUGGCUAAAGUGAAAGGAUUCACUGCCAAUGCUUCAUAUCUGGAAACUCCUCUCCGGAUGGGCAAUAUUCACUCCCUUCAUGGCUUCUCUGUCCUGCAGAGACCCAUACAUAAUUAAAGAGUAGGUAGGAGUGAAUGAGAGAUGGAAAGGAAAAAUAUGGGCUUCUAAUUCUGAUUCUGCACUUAUCAGCUGUGAGAAAUGAGACACUUAUCCUCUCAGAGAGUCAAUUGCCUCAGCUAUUUCAAAAGGAAAUAAUACUAACACCACAGGACUAAUCUAAGGUUAAGGUAAUGUAUGUAAAGCAUCUAACAUUAUUAUCUAUAGCCAGCAGCACACCUGUAUCUAGGCUGUGGCCCUCAUGAACAGAUUAGGCUGAGCUGCUUAAUUUCUGUAAGAAAGACUAGAAGGAAAUACAUGAAAAUACAAGCAUAAAUGGUUUCUGGAGAGUGCAUUUCUUCUUUCUGCUCUUCCAUAGUUUUUUAUUUUUCUAUGAUUGAAAAUAUAAUGUUUUCAUAACUGAAGACAAUAAACCCUUAAACUUUUAAAAAGAUUAAGGGGAAAUCAACAUUGGACAUUUUUUACCAGCAUGUUCUCUAGGAAAAGACCUUUUGUGAUGUCAAAUCCUUAGUGAUAAAACAGCAGAUAAAUCAUAAAUAAAACUGACCCUCAACAUUAAAAAAACAAUAUAUAAAAAAAGGAACUUGUGCAGUUUAACUUGCCUGUUUUGUUAAUUACAAAAGAGAAAGAAACAGUUCUUAAGGAAUUAAAAAAAAAGAGAGAGAGAGAGAACUUGAAAAGAAACACUUACUUGGAGUCUGCCUGGGGGCCUCUGAACUAUUGAGCGCAAAAUCCCCGCCAUGAGUGUGGUGACGGUUUCCUUCUGAGGCUACAACAAGCAGAAAAUAGAUCCAUGGGUUCAAUGUGUCUUGGAAAUUGACAGUUAAUUAACUUGGAAAUCAAGUUAAUUACAAACUUGAUUUAAGUUUCACAGUGAAAUCUUAUUAUUUUAAUAAAAUAAAGGUAAGAAUUAAGUUAUAAUAAAUGUUACUCGGAGUUCAGCAAAACCAUAGGUAGUAACUAUACAUUAACCACAUCCCAUUUUUGCCAGAUGAGUUAGAACCUAAGUUGACUCAACAAAAAUGGGUAAAGGAGGUUAUUAUUAUUUAAAAAUUUUCUUCAACAAUGAGCACAAAGAAUGCUUUGUUAUAGAAUCAGAAAAUGGAAGGGCUAGAAGGGACUGAAGAAAUCCUGACUCCUAGAACUAGAAUGAACAACCUUCUUAUGUGGAAAAUGAAAAAUCAAUCAUUUACCCAAAGGCAUCCAGCAAUCCAAGGAGUAUACGGUCUAGAGCCCAAUUCUAGUUCCUAGUCCAGUGCAUUUUCACUAAAUCAUAACCCCUUUCUGAUAAAAAGUAAACCAUAACUUCCUUUUUUGCAUAUUUGUAUUUUUAAACUAUUCUUAAAUUUCUCUGAUGUGAAGUCAUGUUAAUUUAGACACAAAUAAUUACAACUACUAUACUGAUAUAUACUGAAAACAGAAAAGAUUAGGUUUAUGAAGUACAUGUAUAUUUUGGAUAGGUUAUUUAAUUUGUGUGCUUCAAUUUUUUCCCAAAAGAAAGAAUAUAAUACCUAAAUUGCAAAUGAGUUUUUCUAAAAACUCCUAAAACAGCACAUAAGAAGCCCUCAAUAAAUGGUAGCUUUUACUAUAACAAAAAUAUUAAAUUAUUACAAAACCAUAAUAAGAAUACUCUAACACACCAAAAUAGGAUAUAAUGCUGUAUUUCAGUGAAUCCACCAGAUUCUGACUCAUUCAAGCUCUGCAAGUCUUUCCUGUGAUGUGGACAAAGCAAUGAAGUUGUGGGAAUCAAUGCAAGGUGUCCCAUUAAAAGAGCCAGACUUCAGAGGAGUCAAGAUGGCGGAGAAGUAGCAGGCUGAGACUACUUCGGGUAGCGGGAGAUCAGCUAAAUAGCUUAUCUAAAGAUUGCAAACACCUACAAAUCCAACGGG